UAUUCAAUUCAAGCAACCAGAGAUGAUCAAGGUACUUAAAAGUGAAUGUACUUGAAUUAAGUAAACUUGCAACGUGUGAAUCUUAGUCAAGGAUUCUGCCUGCUGCUUAUGCAAUAAAGUAUGCGGAAUCGGCCCUUAACUUACAAGUUUAACUCUAAUCCACUGUAUAAUUAAUGACCGAAAAUACGACGUUAUGAAGUAUGUUUACGAAUAUGAAGAAUCUUUACAGCAAUGCGAAACUUCACUCACAAAACAUCGCACUGAGCUAUUGACCUAUUCGAAAUGUCAAGAGCCAUCUCUAUCUGAAUCCAACGAAAGAAACCAAGUAUUCGCAGUUAUGAAACAAAAACGUGACACAUCAGAAGAAAAUAACUCACCGUUGAAGUCAGAAUAUGACGAUUUAACUAGACACUGCGAGAGUUUAAGUUCAUGCGAAGAUGAUUUUACUAAAAAAUCCUUCAAGUACUUGGAACGCCAAGAGGCAUUACGAUUGAAAUUUCUUCAAAUAAUCGACGAAUGCGAAAGCGGAAACACCUUGGAUAAAAAUCACGAUGGUUUUCCUGCAGCUUUCGAUGCCGAAUCGCACGAACCAAAGUCUUCAGUAAUGAGUGCUGCUCUCAAAAUGUACGACCUUUUGUCUUCAGAUUUAGGUGACGAUGUAGCUGAGGAGGAGGAGUUUAACGCAGCAACCCUUUUAGGUUUCCAGAAAGUUGGAGAAUUUGUGUCGUCGAAUCGAAAUGUGACCUCAACUUCAUCGUCUUCAGAAAUGAGCGCUGAUUUCGAAACAUACGACCCUUUGUCUUCAGAUAAUGUCGACGAUGAGUUCAACUCAGCAACCCUUUUCGGUCUCGAAGAAGUUUCAGAAUUUAUGUCAUCGAAUCGACACGUUAAUGUAGUCUCACUCUCAGAUUUAAACCAGUUAGUCCUUUGCAACAUUUGUGGUCGAGAUUUCAAAACAGAGGAUUUUUUGAGAAGACACAUGUUCGUACAUGAUGAACAGAAACGAUUUAUCUAUGCCGAGUCUAGAAAGUCGUUUGAAAAGCUGCUCAGUAUGAAGGAACGUGUGCUUAAAUACAACUCAGAAUACAUCUGUAUCGUUUGCCGCAAAUCUUUCCGUGAGAAGGUGAAGCUAAAGCAACACGAAUUAGCUCAUUUCUUCAAAAAUUUAUUGGAAUGUUCAACCUGCAGUAAAUAUUUUAAAUCUCAUUCAGCUCUAACUGCUCAUCAAUGGUCUCAUGAUUGGCAUUAUUGUUACUGCGCUUAUUGCAAUCGUCGUUAUCGAAGUAAAACCUCCUUAGUCUAUCAUAUCCGGAGACAGCACUUACCAAAUUUCAAUUUUGUGAAAUACGCGUGUAACAUAUGCGGUAAAACAUUUUUUCUUGAUAGCGAUAGAAAACGUCACGAACGAAAUAUCCACAAUUUACGUAGAAAAUGAUGUGUUUCGUCAACAUCGAUUUCUCGACUCGUACUUCAACGCGUCGAAUUUCCAUUUUUUUUUCACGUUAAUUUUCAAGAUUUGACCCAUUAACUUUUUAAGUGUGUACUGUUUUAGUGAAUUUAUCGAUUUUAUCGAUUGUUCAAGUUUUAAAUAGACACUUAUCUACGCUUA